UUUGAAAAGAUGUAUCUACUUCAAUAUAUAAGCAUAAAAUGGAUUCAAUAAAGAGCAAUGAGGAUGUUUCAAAUGUUGAUGUGAUUAGUGCAAAGGAUUUGCUCUCUUCAGGUCACACUUAUUUAGAUGUGAGGACAGUUGAAGAGUAUAAUAGAGGACAUAUUGAUAAAGCCAUAAAUAUUCCUUACAUGUUUCUCAAUGAACAAGGAAGGGUGAAAAAUCCAGAUUUUCUUGAGCAAGUCUCUUCAGUGUGCCAAAAGGAGGAUCAUCUGAUUGUGGGAUGCAACAGUGGAGGGAGAGGACUUCGAUCAUGUGUCGAUCUCCUUAAUGCGGGGUACAAGGAUGUAAGAAACUUGGAAGGAGGAUACUCAGCAUGGGUAGAUAAUGAGUUUAAAGGAGAUGAAGCUGCUCAACAGUUCAAAACUGCCUGCAAAUUUCGUCCAUGAUUGCUUCAACAUUCACAAGAAUUAUUUUCUAUGCUUUUUAUAAGUGUUCACAUAUAAUGGGGAAAAAAUUGGCAUUUCAAAUAAUCAUGUAAAAUUUAUGUUACAUUUUGAUUUUCAAGUUGUUGUGUGCAUGAGAGGAUUUUCUCGAGAUCUAUCUAGUAUUUUUAUCUCUGCUGAAAUUUA